GUCGUCUAGUUGCACUUUUAACUUAGCGCAAUUAAGACAUCACUUUCGCUCCCUCACAGUUACUCAGAGCCACCACACUAUGGCUCGAGACAAGGCGCCUUCCGUCAAACCCAAACCGAAACCAAAACAAACCACCGAUAAAUCCGCAAAGCCACGGCUGAACAACGCCGAACGGUCUGCUUACUUCGCUAGAAGAGAAGCAGCCAAGGUCUUACACACGGUUCUUCAAGGAGACGCUAAUCGCCAAGCCGUUGCCUCCAUUAAAUCACUUGUCUACAGCCCUUCCAUUAGAAACAAAAAAGCAACUUUCGCUCUUGUUUGCCAAACUCUCAAACAUCUAAUAAUAAUCAAGGAUGUUUUGGAGAUUGCGAAUAUACUUAACAGCAAGUGGAAGAGACAAGAGGAAUUGAUUUAUAUUAUAGCUUAUGACGUUUUAUUUGGAAAGGAGAUUUCAUUGGUUGGCGGUGAUGCGGAGAAGUUCCUUGCAUGUCGAAAAGAUGCUAUGCAGUCAGCUUUAGCUAAGCUUGUAGUGAGAAAAAAAGCGAAGAACAUUGAUGACUUUAUUGCUCUUUAUCAGCCUCCGGAUAUUACAAAACCCUGUUACGUUCGCGUAAAUACCUUGAAAUUGGAUGUUGAUUCUGCCUUGCAUGAAUUAGGAAAACAAUUCAAGGUUCAGAAGGACGACAUGAUACCUCACUUGUUGGUGCUCCCACCACAUACUGAUUUGCAUAAUCACUCUCUGGUCUUGAAUGGAAGCAUCUUUGUGCAAGGAAAGGCAAGUUCAAUGGUGGCAGCAGUUCUUGAUCCCAAACCAGGAUGGGAGGUUCUUGAUGCAUGUUCAGCUCCAGGGAACAAAACCGUUCACCUUGCUGCCCUUAUGAAAGGAAAAGGGAAAAUUAUUGCCUGUGAGCUGAAUAAGGACAGGGCUAAACGUUUAGAAGACACUGUCAGACUCUCUGGUGCUGCUAACAUUGAAGUUCUGCAUGGUGAUUUUCUAAACAUUGACCCAAAAGGUCCAUUUUCCAAGGUCUCUGCUAUUCUUCUAGACCCUUCUUGCUCUGGAUCUGGGACUGCUGCUCAAAGAUUAGACCAUUUACUCCCGUCUCGUACCACUGAUGUUGUUGACACAGAGAGAUUGAACAAGCUUGCAGCUUUUCAGAAGAAGGCCCUGGCCCAUGCUUUGUCUUUUCCAGCCGUUAAAAGAAUUGUCUACAGUACAUGCUCCAUCAAUCAAAUUGAAAAUGAAGACGUUGUUAAUUCAAUCCUACCUUUGGCCACAUCCAAUGGUUUCCAGCUUGCAACUCCCUUUCCUCAAUGGCAACGCCGCGGUCUCCCAGUUUUUGAAGGCUCCGAACAUCUGCUUCGAACUGAUCCAGUUGAGGACAAAGAAGGCUUCUUCAUUGCCCUUUUCGUCAAGAAGGGCUCUGAAAAGAACUCAGAGGAACGAAGUGGAAGCCGGAAACUUGCUGGAUCUCUUUCAAAUGGUAAAGGCCGGUUAAAAAGAUUUUGCCAUGUGAACAAGAAAAAUCUGGCGCUGCCUGUAUUCUACAGAGGUAUUUUUAAACCAUGGUUGCACACCAAGAGCUCGCUGACAAGAAAAACCUGAAAGAAGUUCAAAGACCUCUCCAUUUGAUUGGCAUACUUUAAAAUAGUUUCGCUCAUCGUCCUUUCCUUUUAGAUAAUUGCCUUUUGUUUUCAGUUUAAACACUGACGAAACCCAUUACAUGAUUGAUGAGAAGUUCGAAAGCUUUUGCAGAUAAA